UCCCAGUGAUUCUUCUGGUGGCUUUGCAACAGACUCUGAACCGUGUUUCUUUCUUCUGUUUCUGUGAGCGAAGUGAAAGCAGAUCCCGAAGAUGAGUAACGUGACCGAGCUGAGUCCCUUCGACCGAGAGUCGUUCAACGAGUCGUUCCCGCUGGACUGCUCGUACCUGGCCUACUACGACCAGAAUGCCACGUUCAACGAGAGCAACUGCACCUUCGGGCUGUACGAGCGCAACGCCGAGAUGAGCACCCUGGUGGUGAUCAUCACGCAGCUCUUCUACGCCAUCACCUGCAUCACGGGGCUGUGCGGCAACACGCUCGUCAUCUACGUGGUGACGCGGUUCUCCCGCAUGCAGACGGUGACCAACCUGUACAUCCUGAACCUGGCCAUCGCCGACGAGCUGUUCAUGCUCGGGAUCCCCUUCAUCAUGACGACGUCCAUCAUGCACUACUGGCCCUUCGGAUCCAUCAUGUGCAAGCUGUACAUGAUCACGACGUCGCUGAACCAGUUCACCAGCUCGCUCUUCCUCACCAUCAUGAGCGCCGACCGCUACAUCGCCGUCUGCCACCCCAUCAACUCGCCCAAGUUCCGCACGCCCAUGAUCUCCAAGCUGGUGUCGCUGACGGCGUGGUUCCUGUCGGCGCUGAUGAUCAUCCCGGUGUUCAUGUACUCGAACACGCUGGAGAGCGACGGCCGCGACAACUGCAACAUCAUCUGGCCCGAGAGCCAGGGCGUGCGCGGGGAGAUCGCCUUCACGCGCUACUCCUUCGCCCUGGCCUUCGGCAUCCCGCUCGUGCUCAUCUUCAUCUUCUACAGCCUGGUGCUGCACAAGCUGAAGACGGUGGGGCCCAAGACCAAGUCCAAGGAGAAGAAGAAGUCGCGGCAGCGGGUCACGCGCCUCGUGCUCACCGUCAUCACCGUCUACGUGAUCUGCUGGCUGCCCUACUGGGUGCUGCAGCUCACGCUCAUCCUCAGCGAGCCCAAGAAGGGCCACAGCACCCUCUGGGUCGUGCUGUUCAUGGUGUCCUCGUGCCUCUCCUACAUCAACUCCGCCCUCAACCCCAUCCUGUACGCCUUCCUCAGCGACAACUUCAAGAAGAGCUUCAUGAAGGCGUGCACGUGCGCCGCCGGGAGGGAGGCCAACAACGCCCUGCGGCCAGAGAACUCCAUGUUCCCGCUGCGGCAGCGAGGGGCGUCCACGCGGGCCCGAGGCGCGCCGCAGAAGGAGAAGGAGUCGGCAGAGGGCACCACCUCGCAGGGCGCCAUGAGCAAGGAGCCCUCCACGGCCGUCACGACCACCAGCUCCAAGCAGAUGAUGGCCAUCUCCAGCCACGACGACCACUCCCUCAGGAACGGCAGGUCGCCCGGCCCGAGGCUGCCCGACCUCCUGCAGUGAGCGUCCGCGCGCGAGGGAGACGGAGCAGCAGGCAGGAGGCUGCGCAAGUGAGCUCUUGAGGCGGAGGGGCGAGGCCGAGAAGUUGGAAACUCAUUGUGAAGCGAAAGAAAGAAAAAGAAGCGGAUUUCAACGCUCGCGGUCAAGGAAAUCUUUCAGAAGGGGCAGAAUAAGGAAUCACCUAAUGAAAAGAAAGAGAAAGAGAGAGAAAUGAACUAGAAAUUUACGAAACAACUUUUGAUUACUCAAACGGAACAUGUUUCGAAUGGGGAUUUUCUUUCUCCAAAAACAUUUUAUUCAAGUGACGCUCAUUAUCAAAAAGAAGGGAAAAGGAUCUUAGAAUCGCUAGUCCUCCAAUGAUGAUCCUCGUAAGAAAAUAACUUGAAAGAAAGAAAAGAAAAUGCAAUAUAUAUGAGACAAAGUGACCUCCAUUUGGUGGAUUUGAGAAUGGAAUAUAUUGAAUCUCACUUCAAGAAAGGAAAAUGACCUCCAGCGCCAUCUGAAGUUAAAAAACUAAAAACAAUUUACUUCUGGGAGAUGGCAAGAUAGAGGUUGCACUUGUGUUAAGUUUAUGUAUAUAUAAGAUUGUACA